AUUACCGAAGGUAGUUUGCAAAUAAAUCUCGUCGCGCAAUUCUUUAAACCGUAAAUCACAUUUUUUUUUUUUUUUUUGUGGAUUGAGAAGUUCAUGUUUAAUAAUUCUUUCACGUUUAUAUUGUUUAUACAUUUAUAUUUUUAGGUUGAGUUUUUCUUUUAUUAUCCAAUGAUACAUUUUGUAACUCGAUUUUGCACGCAAUUCGUUCCCCGAUUAUCCUCUGGAAUACGCUAUACAUUAAAUCAAAAAACAGUUAUUGGGUCAAUAAAUUCAAAUAAAUAUGUUCCACAUUCUGUUAUUUGUUGCACACCAAAGUGGAUGUCUUCAUCUGCACAUUCCGAAACACAGGCUGAAGAGCAAGGAGAAAAGGUGAAAAUUUAUUUCAAAAUGCCUAGAACUGGCGAACUUGUUGAAGCCACAGCUCGAGAAGGCCAAACUGUUAUGAAUGUUGCUGUAAGUCAUGAAAUAAGUAUGGAAGGUGCUUGUGAAGGAGCUAUUUGUUGUACUACAUGUCAUGUGUAUGUACAAGAUGACCUUUUUGACAGACUUCCUGAACCUGUUCAAGCGGAAGAGGAUAUGAUAGAUUCUGCACCUUUCCAUAAAUUGACUUCAAGGCUGAGUUGUCAAAUUGUUGUAACCAAAGAUAUGGAAGGUGCUAUUUUUGAGCUACCACUUGGAACACAAAAUAUGCAAAUCGAUAAAAAUCACAGAGGGAGAUAGAACAAUUCUGAUUACUAUGAAAAUUUAGUCAUGAAUUUAGUGAUUUAUAAAGAAGCAAUGAAAGCCUUUAUGUGAUUAGAAAAUGUUUGUUAUUGUUUUAAGUUGAACUCUGAGAGUGUACAGACAA